GGCUCAGCCUCUCUUCCUGGGUUGGAUGCCGGUGGGCAGGGAUUCUGUGAAGGUUUCCAUUUUACCAGUCCCAGAGUUUUGCUGGUUGGUGUGUUUCGUGUCCUCCUCCCAGGGGCACACUGCACCUCCAUCUUUGAGGUGUUUGGGGGAAAUGCUCUUUUCUUUCCUCCUUUUCUCCUCUCCAGCACUGGUACUGAAAGUUCAUGCUGUUAUUUCAAGAUGUCUAGUGCAGAAGAGAGGACUCCUCUUGCCCUAUUCUCUGUGAUUUCUACUGUGCCGUUAUUAGACUUCCUUCCUGCACUGGUGUCUCACAUACUGUAAACGCACUGAUAAAAUUGUGGGGGAGCCAUUCAGCCUUCCCCCAGUACUGCAUGUGAGAGAGUGCUAAGAUGCUGACCCCAUGGCAUUUUGCAGUGGGUACUAGUUCCACCUUGAAUAUCAUGUUGAACUACAGAUACCCAAUUCUGAGGGUUCUUGCCUCCCUGAAUUGGUUUUUCACACACAGUUGAUUCCCUACAAGGUGAAUCCAGACUUAGGAGGGGAGAAGAAACUUCUACAGAGGAACCAAAAAGUGUCUUACCUGACUUGGGGUGUGCUGCAGGAAAGAGUGAUGACCCGCAGCUAUGGGGCCACAGCCACAUCACCGGGUGAGCGCUUUACGGACUCGCAGUUCCUGGUGCUAAUGAACCGAGUGCUGGCACUGAUGGUGGCUGGCCUCUCCUGUGUUCUCUGCAAGCAGCCCCGGCAUGGGGCACCCAUGUACCGGUACUCCUUUGCGAGCCUGUCCAAUGUGCUUAGCAGCUGGUGCCAAUACGAAGCUCUUAAGUUCGUCAGCUUCCCCACCCAGGUGCUGGCCAAGGCCUCUAAGGUGAUCCCUGUCAUGCUGAUGGGAAAGCUUGUGUCUCGGCGCAGCUACGAACACUGGGAGUACCUGACAGCCACCCUCAUCUCCAUUGGGGUCAGCAUGUUUCUGCUAUCCAGCGGACCAGAGCCCCGCAGCUCCCCAGCCACCACACUCUCAGGCCUCAUCUUAUUGGCAGGUUAUAUUGCUUUUGACAGCUUCACCUCAAACUGGCAGGAUGCCCUGUUUGCCUAUAAGAUGUCAUCGGUGCAGAUGAUGUUUGGGGUCAAUUUCUUCUCCUGCCUCUUCACAGUAGGCUCACUGCUAGAACAGGGGGCCCUCCUGGAGGGAACCCGCUUCAUGGGGCGACACAGUGAGUUUGCUGCCCAUGCCCUGCUACUCUCCAUCUGCUCCGCAUGUGGCCAGCUCUUCAUCUUUUACACCAUUGGGCAGUUUGGGGCUGCUGUCUUCACCAUCAUCAUGACCCUCCGCCAGGCCUUUGCCAUCCUUCUUUCCUGCCUUCUCUACGGCCACACUGUCACUGUGGUGGGAGGGCUGGGGGUGGCUGUGGUCUUUGCUGCCCUCCUGCUCAGAGUCUACGCACGGGGCCGUCUAAAGCAACGGGGAAAGAAGGCUGUGCCUGUUGAGUCUCCUGUGCAGAAGGUUUGAGGGUGGAGAGGGCCUGAGGGGUGAAGUGAAAUAGGACCCUCUCAGCAUCCCCUUCUACUGUAAACUCUGAAGGAGCUGGCUCAAAGGGCAAAAUGCAGGUGUUUUCUCAGUAUCACAGACCAGCUCUGCAGCAGGGGGUGGGGUAGCCCAGGAGGCAGCCUUCCCUUUUGCCUUAAGUCAUCCAUCUUCUCCAGUAAGCAGUUUAUCCCGAGCCCCAGGGUAGACAGUCCUCAGUGAGGGGUUUGGGGGUCAAGAGGGCAUAGGUAGGUUCCACAGUUCCCCCUCCCACAAGUUCCCUUAAGUCUUGCCCUAGCUGUGCUCUGCCACCUUCCAGACUCCGUAAUACCUGCAUUUCUUACCCUGGUGAGAAAAGCACAAGCGGUGUAGGCUCCAAUGCUGCUUUCCCAGGAGGGUGAAGUGAAGAUGGUGCUGUGCUGAGGAAAGGGGACGCAGAGCCCUGUCCAGCACCACCACCUCCUAUGUCCUGGAUCCCUAGGCUCUGUUCCAUGAGCCCGUUGCAGGUUUUGGUACUUUAGAAAUGUAACUUUUUGCUCUUAUAAUUUUAUUUUAUUAAAUUAAAUUACUGCA